UGUAUGUUAGAAAAAACAGAAACUACUGGCGUAGGCAAAGCAAUCUAUCGACAUGUGACAUUGUGGUUAAGACGACAAAUCCUAAAAGCUGGUGACGAUGAGACGGGUAGCAGUAUUCAUCAAGGGCUAGAGGCGUCUACUCGAAGAAAGAGACACAGCAUUGAAGUCUCAUCACUGACUGGGUAAAAUGGAGUGGCCGUUGUUCACUGCACUCCCAACUGAUGAAACUCUUUCUGGAGAUUACACAGACGACUAUGGGACCUUCACUGAGACCCCAGGGGGGCUAUGUGACAAGAGCUGGGUGAGGGAGUUUCGGGGUCUCUACGAACCCCCGCUGUUCUGGCUCAUCUUCAUCUUGGGCGCUGUGGGCAACCUGAUGGUGGUCUUCAUCUUUACCAUGGUGCGCCACCGCCUCAAGACCAUGACGGAUGUCUACCUACUCAACCUGGCCGUGGCCGACCUUCUCUUCCUGGGCACGCUGCCUUUCUGGGCCGCCGACGCCACAAAGGGCUGGAUGUUCGGCCUGAGCCUCUGUAAGCUCCUCUCGGCCAUCUACAAGAUCAACUUCUUCAGCAGCAUGCUGCUGCUCACAUGUAUCAGCGUGGACCGCUAUGUGGCUAUCGUCCAGGUUACCAAGGCCCACAACCAGAAGAACAAGAGGCUGUCUGUCAGCAAGCUGACCUGCCGAGCUGUCUGGAUCAUCUCAGGCCUCCUGUCCCUGCCUGAGUUAAUCUUCGCCCAAGUCAAGCCUGACCGUAGGGGCAAUUCCUUUUGUGUCUUGGUCUACCCAAACAACCUCUUCAAUCGCACCAAGAUCCUGGUGCUCGUUCUGCAGAUCUGUGUGGGGUUUUGCCUGCCGCUGCUGGUCAUGGUGCUGUGCUACUCUGUCAUCAUCCGCACCCUGCUGCAGGCCAAGAGCUUCGAGAAGCACAAGGCACUCAGGGUCAUCUUCGCUGUGGUGGCUGUGUUUGUCCUCUCCCAGCUGCCGUACAAUGGGCUACUGGUGGUCGACGCCACGCAGGCCGCCGACACCACCAUCACGGACUGUGCUGUAUUGGAACUUUUUGAUGUCGCUGGUCAAAUUGCCAAGAGUCUGGCGUACACCCACGCCUGCAUUAACCCCUUCCUUUACGUGUUCAUUGGCGUUCGCUUCCAGAAGGAUCUGCUGAGGCUGCUGAAGCUGUGCACCUGCGGCCUGAGCCAAGGAGGUGUCAGUAAGCUGCAGGCCGUCCCCAACCGCCCUUCUGUCAUGUCUGACACUGAGACUACCUGUGCCCUCGCCUUGUAAUCGUGCCCACUGAAGCCACACACACAUUCAACAUCACCUCAGAUCACAUAAUUUCAUUGGUAAACACCUCAUUCCACACCUUUCUUCUUCCAUGAUAUCAUAUGCUGCUAGCUGGGACACUCCCACCUGUUGCAUCCUGAGUACAUUGGGAUUUUACCAGUAUAGAAAUGUAAUUAUUUUACCCUGUGCUGACAAUCAAGAAACAUGCAAUACAUGAAAAGCAUACCAUUCUCUAAGACAUUUUAUUGAAGUGUAAAUUAUUGUAUAUAUACUGAACAAAAAAUAAACGCAACA